ACCGGACCCGCCCACCAAGGGUCAUAGGUUAUCCUAAGUCUUCGCAUUUUCUUCAAAAGUUGCUGCGUUUGCACUUCUGACAACUCCUUGUGCAGCCCAGUUUCAGCGCCCUUCUGCUCACUUGGAAGCCUAGUAGAAGUCCCCUGCACGCCUACACGAUGGGUGACGAGUUAAAGAGCGUGGACGACGUGUUACGGGAGCAUAUCCCGCCGGAAAAACUCCGAGAAGUUCAGAGAGUUUUGUACGGCUCAAGUUUCAGUAAGUUGAGCCUGCCUGCGGAGGCAGUGAAGCUGGCUGAGGAGCGUAAGUUUGAGCUGGCAGGUUACGGCACGCAGGCCGGACGGGAACAGCUGAGGCCAGCCCGCGUGGUCCGCGUCGGAGCCGUGCAGAACAAGAUCAUUCUACCCACAAGUGCACCCGUCGCUGAACAGAUGGCAGCACUGCAUGGUCGCAUUGCAGAGAUAGUGGAGGUGGCAGCCAUGUGUGGAGUCAACAUCAUCUGCUUCCAAGAGACCUGGACAAUGCCGUUUGCGUUCUGUACACGUGAGAAGCAACCCUGGUGCGAGUUUUCCGAGUCUGCGGAGGACGGACCAACCAUCACGUUCUGUCAGGAGCUUGCUAAGAAAUACAACAUGGUGAUCAUCUCCCCCAUCCUGGAGAGGGAUGCAGCACAUGGCGAUAUUCUGGCUAAUACUGCUGUUGUGAUCUCCAACUCUGGAACUGUACUGGGGAAGAGCCGUAAGAACCACAUUCCCAGGGUUGGUGACUUUAAUGAGUCUACAUACUACAUCGAGGGAAAUACCGGACACAGAGUAUUUCAGACUCAGUUUGGUAAAAUAGCGAUCAACAUCUGCUACGGUCGUCACCACCCGCUGAACUGGAUGAUGUAUGGGAUCAAUGGGGCAGAGAUUGUGUUUAACCCUUCUGCAACUGUGGGUGCUCUCAGUGAACCUAUGUGGCCAAUAGAAGCCCGCAAUGCCGCCAUCGCUAACAGCUACUUUGCUGUAGCCAUCAACAGAGUGGGCACGGAGAGUUUUGAGAGUGAGUUUACCUCAGGGGAUGGGAAGAAGGCCCACCAUGACUUUGGCCAUUUCUAUGGUUCCAGCUAUCUAGCAGCCCCAGAUGGAAGCCGCACUCCUGGUUUGUCACGUGUUGAUGAUGGUUUACUGGUGACAGAAGUGGACUUAAACCUGUGCAGACAGGUCAAGGACAAGUGGUGCUUCAGGAUGACUGCCCGGCUGGACAUGUAUGCAGAGUCCCUGGCCUACGCUAUCCAAGAUGGCUACCAGCCUCCUGUUGUCAAGGAGACAUAAA